AACACACAGACUUUUGUGGUAGUGGCACGUGACAAGACUAUUUUUAGAUUUAGUUCCUCGAAUGGGUUUUUCUUCCUCAGCCCCUGGAAUCCCAUUCGAAGGGGGGCCCUUGUCGUCCUGACCCAUCCGUUAUUUAGUUUACUGGUGAUGGUCGUCAUUCUAGUGAACUGCGUUUUCAUGGCCAUCAACAAGGAAAUCCCAUACACAGAGUGUGUAAACAUCUUCACAAGUAUAUACACAGUGGAAGGUACCGUCAAAAUGCUCUCUCGUGGUUUCAUACUGGCCGACUUCACUUACCUCAGAGACGCAUGGAACUGGCUGGAUUUCGUCGUAGUCUCAUCUGCGUACAUAACUAUGUUUGUUGGGUCCGGGGAAGGCGGUGGAAAGGUGGCGGUACUAAGGACGUUCAGGGUCUUCAGGGCCCUCAAAACUGUCGCUGUAGUGCCCGGUUUGAAAACGAUCGUUGGAGCUCUAAUGGAAGCAGUGCGAAGAUUGAGAGACGUGAUGAUACUAUCGCUAUUCGUAUUAUCAAUAUUCGCCCUGAUCGGUCUACAACUCUAUCAAGGUACAUCCCUUUUUCUUCAUGUGCGUGCGUGUACGGAAAAAUUUGCGGUGGAAGGUAACACACACACAAACACACAAACACAUACACACACACACACAUACACACACAUGCAUAAACACACACAUACAUACACACACACACACAUACACAGUAUUUGCGGCGAAGGUUAUACAUGCUUAGAGUCAGGGUUCAAUCCAAACUUCGGUUACACCACUUAUGAUAAUUUUGGAUGGGCCCUUCUUUGCGCUUUUAGACUCAUGACGCAAGAUUAUUGGGAGAAUUUGUAUCAACUGACGAUAAAGGCGAACGGUCCAGCUCAGAUGUUCUUCUUCAUCAUCGUCAUCUUUCUCGGCUCUUUCUACCUGGUCAACCUCAUCCUGGCCAUUGUCGCCAUGUCUUACGACGACUGCCGCAAGCAGGACGCCCAAGCAGAGGAGCAAGAACUAUUGGAUUUGAUGGAGGUAUCGAUGAUGAAGAUGGUGGUGAUAAUGCAACAGGAAGAAGAAGCAAACGCGGCCGCCUACCUCCUGCAACAACAAGAUGAACUGAACAAAGAUGGCGAAGAUGAUGAAGAAGACGACGACGAUGACGACGAAGAUGAUGAUGAUGAUGACAACGAUUACGUCAAUGACGUACGCAAGAGUCUGGAUGAAGGUGAAGGUCGUGAGGUUGCCGUUGAUUGGGCCUUCGAUAGGAAGAGUCAAGGGUCAAAUAUGUCAAGGGCGAGUUUGAGCAAAAACCACAACGUCAACAACCUCCCGGCGUAUCAAUCGCUACAAUUUGCGCCACACUCGCAAGCAGGCCACCACGUUGGUCCAAUUGUUUUCCCAUGUCUCGAAAAUUUAGACCUACCAUUUGCAGACGACUCUGCGGCUGUCACGCCAUCUUCCGAAGAUAUUUGCGUCUUCCAAAAUGUUCGGAGUUCUCAUUUUUUAGCCAAGAGUGGAGGGAAGCCAAGUAUGACGUUGGUGAGUGCAGGGGGAGGACUGGGACUAUAUCCGUCUGCCGGUAACAACCAAUCAAAAAUUCACUCACCCACAACCAACCAAUCAAACAACCACUCAACCAGGUUCGCACCCAAUAGGCAAUCGGGCCACAUAAUCACCCAGCCGUAUGUCCCAUCUCCCAAACUCUUAGCCACGCCUACUUCACUUCUGUUGCCUAGCGAUCAGUUUCAGUCGACCAAUCGCAUUCGACUUCCGGAUUUCAAACGCAGCGAGCCAACUCAUUUCCAUUGGGUGUCUGGUAGGGCGAGAAAUGCGAAUUUGAAUAACGGAAGUGGGGCUGUAGGGCUUGUUGUCGGGAAAACAAAAAAUGUAAACUGCUUCGGAAUGGAGGAAGGGCAAUCGAAGAAGGAAUUCCUCAAAGCCAAAUGCCACCAAAUUCUCUUUGGCUGGGAUUGCUGUCCGUGCUGGUAUCGAUUUGCUCAUUAUAUCGAACUCUUCAUAUUGGACGCCUUCGUAGACCUCUUUAUAACGUUGUGCAUCGUUAUAAACACGCUCUUCAUGGCUAUGGACCACGACAACAUGAGCCAGCAGCUAGAGUUAACGUUGAGAUAUGGAAAUUAUGUAUUCACGUGUAUCUUUACAAUAGAAGCCGGUCUGAAAAUUUUGGCUCUAGGCCUGUACAAGUACCUAGAAGAUAAGUGGAGCUGCUUCGACAUCGUCAUCGUCAUUUUGAGUCUCAUCGAGUUGGGGCUGUCGGGGAUCAAAGGGCUGUCCAUUCUGAGGUCUUUCAGAUUGUUAAGAGUUUUUAAACUGGCGAAAUCUUGGCCCACCUUGAAUCUUCUGAUCGGGAUCAUAGGGCGAACCAUGGGGGCCCUAGGAAAUUUAUGCUUUGUACUGGCCAUCAUCAUCUUCAUCUUUGCCGUCAUGGGAAUGCAACUAUUCGGUCCGAACUACGUUGCCGAAAGAUUUGAAGAAAAAGUUCUUCCCGGUUGGCACUUUUGCGAUUUCUUGCAUGCUUUCAUGAUCGUCUUCCGAGUCCUUUGUGGGGAGUGGAUUGAAUCCAUGUGGGAUUGCAUACGCACAAACGGAUACCACUGCAUCCCGUUCUUCCUACUCACCAUGAUUAUUGGAAAUCUCGUUCUCCUAAAUCUUUUCCUUGCUUUGCUGUUGAGUUCGUUCGGAGCGGAAAGUUUGAAAAAGAGCGAAGAGGAGGAAGGCCCGAACAAGCUACAGGAGGCCAUAGAUAGGAUAACGAGAUUCUGCAUCUAUGUUAAGUCGCACCUGGCAUAUCUAUGCAAACGAGGUGAAAGAAAGUUAGUUACGAUGGAUGAUGAUUUUAAUGACGACGAUGAUGAUGACGAAACAGGAAGUAGACCGGUUCCUCUCGACCCGUUUGACCAAUCACAGCAGCAACUCAGUCCCUUCGUCCAAUCAGACGAUAAGGCAACAACAGCUCACCACCCCAAUCAUAACCACAACCACCAGUCGACGAUGUCAAACUGCAACCACGACGGCGGUAGCCACCAGCAUCGCCACAGCAACCACCACAACAGCAGCAGCAAGCAGACUAGUCUGAACAAGCAUGCGAGUCUAGACAAACAGAAGAGUCUAGACGACACGGCGUCGUCCGCGUCGUCGAUUACGUCAGUGCCGUCGUCGUCUGCAUCGUCGUCUGGCGACAAUGGCUCCCAAAAGAGCAUACUAAGCAAGUACUCCUACUCUUAUGAUGAUGUGACUAGCGCUACAAGAACAGCAGAGGGUCCAGAGAUUCACGAGGUGUUCGUGUUUAUAAAAUACCCUGACGAGUGUUGUCCUAAGUGUUGCAUGAAAUGCUGUGGUCCCAUGUUUGAAAGGUUCGAUCAGACGAAAGUGGGUAAGGUCUGGGGUAGCUAUAGGUUCUUCAUGUUCAAGCUCGUCGAGAAUAACUACUUCGAGACUUUCAUCAUACUCAUGAUUAUGCUCAGUAGUUUGGCACUGGCAGUUGAAGACGUUUACAUUGAAAAUCCAGAGAGAUGGCUUCUGAAGAACAUCCUGAAGGUCAUGGACAAGGUUUUUACUGUGAUUUUUGUACUGGAGAUGAUCAUAAAGCAAUCGGCCUACGGUUACAAAAAGUACUUCACAGACGCCUGGUGCUGGCUUGAUUUCGUCAUCGUUGUCAUCUCACUUCUCAGCCUUGGUGCGGAGAGUGCAGGCUACGGCAACAUCGGUGCAUUCAGGGCACUGAGGACAUUAAGGGCACUCAGACCUCUAAGGGCUGUGUCCAGAUGGGAAGGGAUGAAGGUUGUAGUGAACGCGUUGAUACAAGCCAUCCCGUCAAUCUUCAACGUCCUACUCGUCUGCUUGGUCUUCUGGCUCAUAUUCAGCAUCAUGGGUGUCAAUCUUUUUGGCGGGAAGUUUCACGAGUGUAGAGAUGCCAACGAUGAGAGAUUGAACGCUUCCAUCGUUCCUAAUAAGAAGGUGUGCUUACAACUGGCAGAGGAAUUCAACUACACCUGGUUCAACCCCAAGAUAAACUUCGACAACGUACUUAUUGGCUAUCUUGCUCUCUUCCAAGUGGCAACAUUUAAAGGUUGGAUUGACAUAAUGAAUAGCGCAAUCAACAGCCAAUCAGAGCCGGAUGCCCAACCUGUUUACGAGAUAAGAUCAGGGAUGUACAUGUACUUCGUCUUCUUCAUAGUCUUUGGUGCUUUCUUCACGCUCAACCUCUUCAUUGGCGUCAUCAUAGAAAAUUUUAAUAUGCAAAAGAAAAAGGCCGGUGGCUCGUUAGAAAUGCUGAUGACUGAAGAUCAGAAAAAGUACUACAACGCCAUGAAGAAGUUGGGCUCCAAGCAGCCACAGAAACCAAUUCCUAAACCAAAGAUUAAAUUCCAGUUGAUCCUCUUCUACAUAACGUCCAGCCAGAAAUUCGACAUCUUCAUCAUGUUAAUCAUCCUUUUAAACAUGACCACGAUGGCUAUCGAACAUUUUGACCAGUCGGAAGAACUCACCAAAGCACUAUACUGGAUUAAUCAGGUUUUUGUGGGCAUCUUCAGUUUGGAGUGCGUCAUGAAGCUUCUGAGCUUGCGACAAUACUACUUCAAGCAGCCAUGGAAUGUCUUCGACUUCAUCGUCGUCAUCUCGUCUGUAGCCACCUCUCUCUUCGUUAGCGACCAGGUUGAUAACCUUCCCAUCUCACCUACCCUGCUACGAGUUGUUAGAGUCUUCAGGGUCGGGCGAAUUCUCAGACUCGUGAAAUCGGCCAAGGGAAUAAGGACGCUACUAUUUUCACUGGCCGUAUCCAUGCCGGCUCUCUUUAACAUCGGUCUUCUGCUCUUCCUCGUCAUGUUUAUCUACUCGAUAUUCGGGAUGUCCUUUUUUAUGCACGUAAAACACACCAAAGGCAUUGAUGAUAUGUUCAAUUUCGAGACUUUCUUCAGGAGUAUGAUUAUCCUCUUCCAGAUAUCUACAUCUGCAGGUUGGGACGGGGUACUGGCGGGCCUAAUGAACGAGGAAGACUGCGACAAGACCCCCUCUGAUGUUCGGCCGAACGGGGACUGCGGGGACUCCGGGCAAGCCGUGGUCUUCCUCGUCACCUACUUGGUCAUCAGCUUCUUGGUGGUCAUCAACAUGUACAUAGCCGUCAUUCUGGAGAAUUUUUCUCAGGCCACUGAAGAUGUUCAGCAGGGCCUAACGCAAGACGACUUUGACAUGUAUUAUGAGAUUUGGGAAAAGUUUGACGAAAACGCUUCCCAGUACAUCCCUCUAUCCGAUUUGAGUCGGUUUGUCGACGAGUUGGAAGCACCGCUUCGACUACCGGCACCGAAUACUUUCAAACUCGUAUCUCUCAAUAUACCGAUCUGUGAGAACGAUAGGGUCCACUGUCUAGACAUCCUAGAUGCCCUGACGAAAAACUACCUGGGGACUGGUGAGGUGGCAGACGAUCUGGCCGACAUAAAGAAGGGUCCAGACCGGAAAGACUACCAACCAAUCAGCAGCACCCAACGCAGACAGAGGGAAAAUUACGCGGCAAAAGUUAUUCAAAAUUGCUGGAGGAAGUACCGAAGGAAAAAAAAUGGCGAUGGCGAUGAUGAUGAUGAUGAU